AAAUGAAACACCACAUCAAGUGUCGGAGGAAAGGGAUAAGUGGCCAGACGUGGAACAGAAUGUUGGGAAUUGAAAUGGGAUAAACAACCCAGAGAGAAAGAAAUGAAAUAAGAGAAGAAUAAACAUCUGCAUGCUGACCUCCAUGUAAUGAUGGUACAUCCAAAAACACCCGAAGAAAAGAAAGAGAAGAAAUGUCCUGUGUGUGGAAAAAUGUUCCCUUGUAAAUCCACCCUUGAUGACCAUCGUAAAACCCACACAGCAAAGAAACAAUAUAACUGCCCUGAGUGUGGAAAGAGUUUCAGGGACAAUGCUGAUCUUCACAACCAUCAAAGAAUGCACACAGGGGAGAAACCUUUUGAAUGUGUGGAAUGUGGAAAAGCAUUUAGGCGGAGGGAUACACUUACUGUCCAUCAGAGAAUCCACUCAGGGGAAAAACCUUUUAAAUGCUUGGAGUGUGGUCAGAGUUUCCGCCAGGGCGGUGGCCUUCGAGUACAUCAAAGAACUCACACAGGGGAGAAGCCAUUUAAGUGUGUGGAGUGUGGAAAGAGCUUCAGCCAGGCUUCUCUCCUUAGUCUCCAUCAAAGAACACACACAGGAGAAAAACCAUAUAAAUGUUUGGAAUGUGGAAAAAGCUUCAGUCAUGGCUCUGACCUUAAUACACAUCAAAGAAUUCAUACAGAUGAGAAGCCAUAUAAAUGUCUACAGUGUGGAAAGUGCUUCAGACAGAUAUCAAAUCUUAAUUCCCAUCAAAAAAGCCACAUAGUGGAGAAACCAUAUAAAUGCCUAGAUUGUGGGAAGAGCUUCAACCAGAAUGAUGAACUUGCUUCACAUCAGAGAAUUCACACAGGAAAAAAACCAUUUGAAUGUUUGCAGUGUGGAAAGAGGUUCAAUCAUGAGGGAAGCCUUACUAGUCAUCAGAGAACUCACGUAGAAGAGAACCCAUUUAAAUGCCUCGAGUGUGGAAAGAGGUUCAGGGACAGUGCUGACCUUCUCAAACAUGAAAGAACGCACACAGGGGAGAAACCAUUUAUCUGUCUGCAGUGUGGAAAAGCAUUUAGUCGGAAGGACGCACUUACGGCCCAUCAAAGAAUACACUCUGGGGAGAAACCAUUUAAAUGCUUGGAGUGUGGAAAGAGCUUUUGCCAGAAGGGUGCCCUUCAAGUACAUCAAAGAACUCACACAGGGGAAAAACCAUUUAAAUGUCUGGAGUGUGGAAAGAGUUUCAGACAGGCCUCUGCCCUUUAUUUCCAUCGAACAAGUCACACAGAGGAAAAACCGUACAAAUGCCUGGAGUGUGGAAAAAGCUUUGGGCUGGCCUCUCUCCUUGUUACCCAUGAAAGAACGCAUACAGAUGAGAAACCAUAUAAAUGCCUGCAGUGUGGAAAAAGCUUCAGAAAUACCUCAGCUCUUAAUUUCCAUCAAAGAAUCCACACAGGGGAGAAACCAUUUAAAUGCUUGGAGUGUGGAAAAGGCUUUCACAGGAAAUAUGACCUUGCUGUACAUCAGAGGAUUAACACAGGAGAGAAACCAUUUGAAUGUUUGCAGUGUGGAAAGAGUUUUAGGCAAAAGAAUGUUCUUGUUGCACAUCAGAGAACUCACACAGGAGAGAAACCAUUUGAGUGCCUGGAGUGUGGAAAGCGCUUUAGCCAGAAGAAUGCCCUUGUUUCACAUCAGAGAACUCACACAGACGAGAAACCAUUUAAAUGCCUAGAGUGUGGAAACAGUUUCAGGCGGAGUUCUGUCCUUCUCUCCCAUCAAAGAACACACACAGGGGAGAAACCAUUUAACUGUCUGCAGUGUGGAAAAGCAUUUAGUCAGAGGGGGGCACUUACUAUCCAUCAAAGAAUACACUCUGGGGAGAAGCCAUAUAAAUGUUUUGAGUGUGGAAAUGCAUUCUGCCAGAAGGGUGCCCUUCGAUACCAUCAAAGAAUUCACCUAGAGGAAAAGCCAUUUAAAUGCCUGGAGUGUGGAGAGAGCUUUAGCCGGAAGCCUGACUUUAUGUCACAUCAGAGGAAUCACACAGGAGAAAAACUACUUGAAAGUUUGCAGCAUGGUAAGAGCUCCAAUUAUGGGCAAAACUAUAGUAGGCAUCAGGGAAGUCAUACCGGAGAGAAGCCGUUUACAUGCCUUCAUGUUGGGGAAAAAUUAUUUAAAUGCCUUGAGUGUGGAAAGGGUUUCAAUCGGAAGGAUACCCUUAAUUCCCAUCAAAGAACUCACAGACGGGAGAAACCAUAUCAGUGCUUGGAUUGUGGAAAGAGCUUCAGCCUGAAACAGUCACUUACAUUACAUCAAAGCACUCACACAGAGGAGAAACCAUUUAAGUGUGUGGAGUGUGGAAAGAGCUUCAUUCUGAGAUCGACUUUUACAUUGCAUCAGAGAACUCAUACUGGGGAGGAACCAUUUAAAUGCUUGGAGUGUGGAAAGAGCUUCAGUCGAAUGGAAUCCCUGACAUCACAUCAAAAAACUCACCCAGAGUCCUCUUCCACAGUAGUCCUGGGGCAAUAUGAAGGACCUUGUGGGAGCAGUGCUUCAGGUAUGGUUCCCGACACCACAUUCAACCCUGUCCUGGGCCCAGCCGUGAUUCCAGAUUCUCCUCCCACCUCCCAGGGCUCAGCAGAGCACCGAUGGCAGUGUAUCAGGUGGGAUACUCAGAGCCAUGGUGGCAGAGCUCACCUGACUCCAAGAAUACCAUUUUGCCCAGAGUAUACCCAUGAGGUGGGGUCCAUUUAUGUGGAGGAAGAUCCAGAUGGGACAACCAAUGAGGCAGAGUUGGCUACAACUCCUGAAUUUGGGUCAGCCAGAACAUAUGCUCUCCAUAUUCCCCAGACCUCUCCGUUGUUAACAGCUCCCAUAGAGCAAUUUGAUUCCACGUACGGGACUGAGUCAGGAGAAACUACUUAAGGGUCUGGAGUAUAAAUGUACCUAGGGGCAGAGUGCACCUCAUGUUUCACACAAACAAUUUAUUUGUUAUCUAGGUAAGGGACAAUCCGUAGAAAUGCUCAUAAUAUGGUGGCGGUAGUUCUCAUAAAAUCGGCCUUAACGUACAUCCAAAAUUCACUUUGGGGAAAGCCCAAGAAUCUUUGUGGUUGUAGUAAAAUCGUUUACAUUAGAUUCAAAGUUAUAGACGUGUGGAUGUGCCCACCCCCUCUUAUUCACCACAGGGGCUGUGGUAACAAGUGAGUAACAAUCUUCCUUUAAAUUAAAUCAUUUAAAGGCAUAGAAUAUAAUGAGAGGGAUUUGGGGGCAGGAGGUAAAUGAAUGUGUCCAUACGAAUGCCUAGUAUAUGGAAAGAAAUAAUGAUUAUUCACCACACAUACUGGUAAUAAUUAUUGGUAACAAAUAAUUACCAACAAAGACCUAUGAAGAGAGACUGAAAGAACUGGGCAUGUUUAGCCUGGAGAAGAGAAGAUUGAGGGGAGACAUGAGAGCACUCGUCAAAUACUU